CCAGCCACCAGCGCAGCGCCUCUCGUCCAGUUCCCCCACCGCACGCCCGCGCCCACGCCCCCUCCCUCCUCGCGCCGCCGCCGCCGCCGCCGCCAAAACCCCAGGCCAGGGCGCUUGCUUCCCGCUCGGCGCGGCGAGGGGAGGUCGUCGUCGUCGCGCGCGCGAUCCGGGAGGGCGAGAGGGGAGGCGGGCGACCGGACGAGGGAGAUGGCUUCGGAGGACGUGGUGGGGAAGAGCAGGGGCGACACGGCCGUCAACACCAUCGUCAACCUGGCCGAGGAGGCCAAGCUCGCGCGCGAGGGCGUCAAGGGCCCCGGCCACCAGGUCCUCACCAUCUGCAAGUCCCUCUUCGCCGGAGGCGUAGCCGGUGGCCUAUCGAGGACUGCUGUUGCUCCGCUUGAGCGAUUGAAGAUCCUGCUUCAGGUUCAAAAUCCUCACAGUAUCAAGUACAAUGGCACCGUUCAAGGGCUUAAGUAUAUAUGGAGAACCGAAGGCCUUCGUGGACUGUUUAAAGGCAAUGGAACCAACUGUGCAAGGAUUGUCCCAAAUUCUGCUGUGAAAUUCUUCAGCUAUGAGCAAGCAUCAAGGGGUAUUUUGUAUCUUUACCGGCAACAGACUGGGGAUGAGAAUGCUCAGCUUAGUCCAAUCUUGCGCCUUGGAGCUGGAGCCACAGCUGGUAUCAUAGCCAUGUCUGCUACUUAUCCCAUGGAUAUGGUUAGGGGUAGGAUUACUGUUCAGACAGAGAAGUCUCCCUACCAGUACCGUGGUAUGUUUCAUGCAUUGGGCACAGUGUACCGUGAAGAAGGCUUCCGUGCUUUAUACAGAGGCUGGCUUCCAUCAGUGAUUGGAGUUGUUCCUUAUGUUGGCCUUAACUUUGCUGUGUACGAGUCUCUGAAGGACUGGCUCCUCCAGUCAAAUGCAUUCGAUCUUGCAAAGGACAAUGAGCUGCACGUAGUAACAAGGCUUGGAUGCGGAGCUGUGGCUGGAACCAUAGGGCAGACUGUGGCAUACCCUCUUGAUGUUGUCAGGAGAAGGAUGCAGAUGGUCGGCUGGAGUCAUGCUGCUUCUAUUGUUACUGGAGAAGGCAAAGAGGCACUCCAGUACAAUGGUAUGGUUGAUGCAUUCAGGAAAACUGUUCGCCACGAAGGUUUUGGUGCUCUGUACAAGGGUCUUGUUCCCAACUCAGUGAAGGUGGUGCCUUCUAUCGCCAUCGCGUUCGUCACGUACGAGGCCGUGAAGGAUGUUCUAGGAGUAGAGAUGAGGAUAGACUGAAGAAUCGGACCUAGCGCUGUCCGUGUCAUCAACUUCUAUUUUUGUAGGUGUUUGAGUUCCCUUUUUUUGUUAGGCAGGGCGAGUAGAAGGACAAUAGGACCGAGGCUCCAUUCAGCAUAAGGCCCUCUCAGCCCAUGUCGAUAUAUCCUACUACUGGUUCCGGAACCCUAAUUGCUGCCGCACUCUCGCUUCGGAAAGUAAUAAGUUGGCUGUAAAGCAUUAAAGCAUUUGCCUGACUCAUAAAGUCUUAUUCAGUGAGGAACCUUGUAUUGAGAUUGAAACAUAAGCUGCAUGCUGUGUGCUGCUGCUAAUAGUUGAUUUUCACCAUUCUCUUCU